UCUCACAUAUCUGCAGAAAAAUACCAAACUCUCUCUCUCUCUCUCUCUCUCUCUUGAAAUGAAGGAAAGCAGAACAAGCUUCAUUCUUUGAGCCUCUGAGUUCUGGAUCUUCAUCUUGUCUUUUCCGAGUUUUAGGGUUGUUCUUCUUAGGAAUUUAUUGGGUUAUUAGUAAAAGUGAUUAUUUACCUUAAAAGCUUCAGCUUUUUUACUAUUCACCACCUCCUCCCUCAUGAUCACCGACACCACAAUAUCUAUAUAUAUGCUUUUCUAGAAAGUGCUUUUAUCUAAUUGCAAUCCUUAUAGACAUUGCUAGCAACCCUAAAGGCCUCUAUCUCUCUCUCUUUCUCACAGCUAGCUAGAGAGUGGAACAAAAAAUAAGAGAAAGCCUUGGCUGUACAUGGGGAAGAUCAAAUCCCUUCUCUCUGUCUCCUUUGUCGUGCGAUUUGGCGCUAAAAAACCACGGAGACCUUAAACUCCAAGCUUAUGUGCCUAGCUUCACCAAAAAGGUGCAUGAAGUGAAUACGGUUAACUAUCUGAGCUACAAGUCUGUUGUUUUAAUUUUGGUGAAUUGAAGUAACCCAUCAAAAGUUCAUCAUUCAUCACUCAAUGGUAACUCUUCAUCACCACCGUCCACACCGCCUACUUCUAGACCAACCAACAACACCACCAGCAUCACCAACCCAUGGGAGCAGACCACGUGGUACAAACUCCGAUGAAGCCAAUGGGAGCAAGGCACGUGAUACAUACGCCAAUGAUGCCAAUUUUGACACCAACAUGGUCAUCAUCCUAGCAGCCUUGCUGUGCGCUCUGAUAUUUGCAUUGGGACUAAACUCAAUCGUCCGGUGUGCGCUGAGAUGCAGCAGAAGGUUCUCUUCUGAGACACCAGACCAGACGGCAGCGCGGUUGGCGGCCACGGGGCUUAGAAAGCGCACAUUGCGCCAGAUUCCCGUCGUGGUAUAUGGGACUGGACAAAAUAUUCCCUCCACAGAUUGUCCAAUUUGCCUUGGAGAGUUUACAGAUGGGCAGAAAGUGAGGCUGCUGCCGAAAUGCAGCCAUGGAUUUCAUGUCAGGUGCAUAGACACAUGGUUUUUGUCACACUCGUCGUGCCCAAUUUGCCGCCAUUCGUUGCUUGAGCAGCCUGCUGCAGGCAGUUUGGAUUCGGCCGAAAAUGUUGAUGGUGGUGGUGCUAGACAUGCUGGAAAUGUAUCAUCAGGUGGACAAGGUGAUGCGACAAUCUCUGUUGAUGAGGCUGGCUAGCUAAUAGAAUGUUAUAUUUUUGUAUUUUAUUAAGAAUAGUUGCUAGGGCAAUGCUUAUAUAUGGACAUUUGGAAAGGAUUUUACCGGAGGAUACAAUUGUGACAGUAUUUUUAAGUUAAUCACAUAUUGCAAUUUGAUUAAGUUAAAAUGAAUGACAAUGCUUAAUUUUAACAGAAAUUGUCAUAAUGUGGUAUCCUCGUAAGUUUCUCUGUUGUAUGUGAGGAUCUUGAGGAAAUACUAUUGUGUAUGUAUACUCUUUAAUUACAUGUGUAAAAGAAGGAAGAUGGAG